GGUAAUUAUUCAGUCUCGUGUUAGAUCCGAGUGUGCGUCUCCCUUUCCUUGUCAGUCGGUGAACUUACUCCACUUUUCCUGCUAUGACCUUACACGGCUACAGCUAGUGCUCUUUCUUGGUUUGGCUGUUUCUGCAGGAUGGUAUAAAUCGCCUAACUGCCAGCAUAUCAUCUCUCCAACAACAGAGAAAUUCAUCCUCAGCAGUCUAGAACACUCAUACGACUCCACCAUCUAGUAUAUCUCAUAAUGAAUCCUCAGAGACACUACCGACAAGACUUGAACAACCAUGCCAUUCAAGCGGGCCUGGCACUCACCUAUGGGGACCCUACUGCCGAAGGCCCUCAGAAUUCGAUUAUUUGGACCGUCAUUGCCUACAUUGACGGUAUCGAACAUGGACGAGGCAGCUCUAGCAGUAAGGGCCAAGCUAAGGAAAUUGCCGCUUACAAUGCGAUGAGUUACUUAGGGUUAGAUGUUAAUUGACUGCAAUGGGUUCACAUACUAGCCCCAUUCCCUUUUGUUUUCUAACUCAUGUAGGGUUCUAGAGCACCUGAUAUAAAGACGUCACACUUGUAUUGCUCACAAUAUUUGGU